GAAACGGUGGCUGCCAAACGGGCCUCACAAUCGUUUCCCACCACGCCCUAUCACUCCUUUCACAUCCUCUUUCCUCGCUCACGAUGGGGCUUCAGUUCGGCUCUUUCGACAGCGUAUGCUCGACGGCGGCGCUCGUCAUUUGUCCUAUGCUAGGCGCAUCGUCACAGGGUAUCGAACCUUCGUGUUACAGCAGAAACGUGCAGAUCGGGUCAACCCUUAUAUUUCAACCUUCGACGUCCUUCAUUCACAUAAUAGCAAUCAUAAUGACAGCUAUUAUGAUAUACCACAUUCGUAGCAAGUACACCGCGGUCGGCCGCAAAGAAAUUGUGAUGUUCUUUUGGAUGUAUAUGCUUAUACAAUUCCUUGCGUUGUUCCUCGACUCUGGAGUAAUACCAACAUCAAACGUUAGCUACCCUUGGUUUGCUGCGGUGUACUCGGGCCUCGUGUCAGCAAUUUACUGUUGUUUGUUGAUCAAUGGUUUCGUCGGCUUCCAGUUCGCAGAGGAUGGCACACCUGUGUCGCUAUGGCUUCUGCGCCUGUCAACUCUGGCAAUAUUUGGUCUUUCGUUCUUCAUAUCGAUCGCGACCUUCAAGUCGCUCGCGUCUUUCUCUCCGAGCAAACCCACAGCGCUAUUCGUCAUCUAUCUCAUAUGGCCAAUAAUUUGUGUAGUCACGUAUACGCUCUCGCAAUUAAUCCUCGUCUUUCGCACGCUGGAUGACCGAUGGCCGUUGGGCGACGUCCUAUUUGGAAUCGGGUUCUACACGGUGGCACAGGUUCUAUUGUUCGCUUUCAGCGUCACGAUAUGUAAUGCAAUCCAACACUACCUGGACGGACUGUUCUUCUUUGAACUGUGCGUCUUGUUGAGUGUGAUGAUGGUUUACAAAUAUUGGGAUAGUAUCACGCGCGAAGACUUGGAAUUUUCUGUCGGGUCAAAAGCGGCCGUAUGGGAAAUCAAGGACCCUCUCCUGGCAGGAUCGUACGAAGAUUCGAGCGAUGCUGGAUUUGGCGCCAAUACGAGCAGCGUUUAUCACGGUGGCGGUGGUUACGGCAAUGGAUCCCAGUACGGCGGCAAUGCCCAAAGUAUGUAUGGAGGACCAUCGCCAAGUCUGGUAGGCGGGCUCAGUGGAACGCAGAUGUAUAGCGGCGCUGGUGCUGGCAAGGGUGGAUAUGGCGGAAGAGGAUAUCCGCCUAAUAAUGCCGAGCGCUACUGAGCGCUACCAGGGUGUAAUAUAAAUAGAGAGGGGAGUGCCAGGGAAGAGAAAGAAGUCUACGAGGAAAAUACAUGAAAGUACGUACAUAUGGUCGCGAUGGACCAUUGCCAGUGCUACGGACUUUGGGGGCCUAAUGCGGUACUGCACCUGGCGUAUCUUCUUUAUUGGCGCACAGCGUAUUUCUCUUGCAUCUCAUGGAGUAUAAUGAAGCAUGGACACUUGAAGUACUACAUCUGCUUGUCGAUUUGGUUUAAUUCAUCUUUAUUUUUUUUUGUUGACAAAACUGUUUUAUCUCCAUGGUUCUAAAUGUAAUGUGCUUUUAUGUUAAUGAUCUUAUCUUCUAAGAUGGUAGAUACAGGCGUUCGUACAACACU